GGAAGUGCCCGGCUUCCCGGAAGUGCUGGACUGGCUGACAGGCCCUGGGCUAGUCAGAGUGCUGCAACUGGAGGGUUGCUAUUCUGGGAUCUGGGUGACUGUUGGAGGUCCAGGUGAGGGAAUAGGGGAGGGGGUGAGCCAGGAGCCGGUGGCCGGAAGAUGGAGGAGGAGGAACUGGAGUUCGUGGAGGAACUGGAAGCCGUGCUGCAGCUCACCCCCGAGGUGCAGCUAGCCAUCGAGCAGGUGUUUCCAAGUCAGGAUCCUCUAGAUCGAGCAGAUUUCAAUGCUGUUGAGUAUAUCAAUACCCUGUUCCCAACGGAACAAGCACUUGAAGAGGCCCAGAAAGCUAUUCAGCAACUCUUUGGCAAAAUCAAAGAUAUCAAAGACAAAGCAGACAAAUCAGAGCAAAUGGUUAAGGAAAUCACCCGUGACAUUAAGCAGCUAGAUCAUGCCAAACGCCACCUGACCACCUCCAUCACAACACUGAACCAUCUGCACAUGCUAGCAGGUGGCGUCGAUUCCCUCGAAGCCAUGACCAGGCGCAGACAGUAUGGAGAAGUUGCUAAUCUCCUUCAGGGUGUAAUGAAUGUUCUGGAGCACUUCCACAAGUAUAUAGGAAUUCCACAGAUCCGGCAGCUUUCUGAAAGAGUGAAGGCUGCACAGUCUGAGUUAGGACAGCAAAUCCUGGCAGAUUUUGAAGAAGCAUUUCCUUCUCAGGGUACCAAGAGGCCAGGCGGACCCAGCAAUGUCCUGCGAGAUGCAUGUCUGGUUGCUAAUAUUUUGGACCCCAGAAUCAAACAGGAAAUUAUCAAAAAGUUUAUUAAACAGCAUCUGUCAGAGUAUCUAGUACUUUUUCAAGAAAACCAAGAUGUUGCCUGGCUGGACAAGAUUGACAGACGCUAUGCCUGGGUAAAACGCCAGCUUGUGGACUAUGAGGAAAAAUAUGGCCGAAUGUUUCCACGUGAGUGGUACAUGACUGAGAGGAUUGCAGUAGAAUUCUGUCAUGUGACAAGGGCAGAACUCGCCAAGAUCAUGCGUGCCAGAGCUAAGGAAAUUGAGGUGAAAUUGCUUCUUUUUGCUAUUCAGAGAACAACUAACUUUGAAGGAUUUCUGGCAAAACGUUUCUCCGGCUGCACCCUGACUGAUGGAACUCUGAAAAAGCUGGAGUCUCCUCCACCAUCCACCAAUCCUUUUCUGGAAGAUGAGCCAACGCCAGAGAUGGAGGAGCUGGCGAUGGAGAAGGGAGAGUUAGAUCAACCAAAGAAGCCUAAAGCUCCAGACAAUCCAUUUCAUGGCAUUGUUUCCAAGUGUUUUGAGCCUCAUCUCUAUGUGUAUAUUGAGUCCCAGGACAAAAACCUUGGAGAGCUGAUAGAUCGGUUUGUGGCUGAUUUCAAAGCCCAGGGGCUACCUAAGCCCAACACUGAUGAAGGGAGUGCUCUGCUCCCCAGCUGUGCUGACCUUUUUGUUUAUUACAAGAAGUGCAUGGUGCAAUGCUCACAGCUCAGCACUGGGGAGCCAAUGAUUGCCCUGACCACCAUUUUUCAGAAGUACCUCCGAGAAUACGCCUGGAAAAUCCUCUCUGGCAACCUGCCCAAAACCACCACCAGCAGUGGAGGAUUGACCAUCAGCAGCCUCCUAAAGGAAAAGGAGGGCUCUGAAGUGGCCAAGUUCACUAUUGAGGAGCUCUGCCUCAUCUGCAGCAUCCUGAGCACAGCAGAGUACUGUCUGGCCACCACGCAGCAGCUAGAAGAAAAACUCAAAGAAAAAGUCGAUGUAAGUCUCACAGAACGAAUCAAUCUCACGGGAGAAAUGGACACAUUCAGCACUGUCAUCUCCAGCAGCAUUCAGUUGUUGGUUCAAGACCUGGAUGCGGCCUGUGAUCCUGCCCUGACUGCCAUGAACAAGAUGCAGUGGCAGAAUGUGGAGCACGUUGGUGACCAGAGCCCCUAUGUCACCUCUGUCAUUCUUCACAUUAAGCAGAAUGUCCCCAUCAUCCAUGACAGCCUGGCUUCCACACGGAAAUACUUUACUCAGUUCUGCAUUAAAUUUGCAAACUCUUUCAUCCCCAAAUUCAUCACCCACCUCUUCAAGUGCAAGCCCAUCAGUAUGGUGGGAGCAGAACAGCUGCUGCUGGAUACCCACUCCCUGAAGAUGGUCCUGCUUGACCUUCCUUCCAUUGGCUCACAGGUGGUGAGGAAGGCACCUGCCAGCUACACUAAAAUUGUUGUGAAAGGCAUGACCCGGGCUGAAAUGAUCCUCAAGGUGGUGAUGGCCCCUCAUGAGCCCUUGGUGGUGUUUGUGGACAACUACAUCAAACUCCUUACAGACUGCAACACAGAAACCUUCCAGAAGAUACUGGACAUGAAGGGGCUGAAGAGGAGUGAGCAGAGCAGCAUGCUGGAGCUCCUGCGCCAGAGGCUCCCCACCCCACCCUCAGGGGCAGAAGGUUCCAGCUCCCUGUCCCUGAUGGCACCCACCCCAGAACAGGAAUCAUCUCGAAUCCGAAAACUUGAGAAACUAAUUAAGAAGAGACUGUAGGAGCACAAGGAGCACUCACUCCCUUCGACCCUCAGCACUCAGUUUUUGGAAGCCCUCGACCACCCCCUCGCAAGCGCAUGACUCUCAGAUCCUCAGUCUUGAGACUUCCUGAGACAUUGGGGUUGUUAAUAUGCCCUCUCAUGCCCUGUCUUAAUUCCUGUCCCACUUGGGGAAACUGAUUUGGGCUGGGUUAUAAAAAGGCAGUUUGUAUUAUCUCUCAUUCCUGAAUCAGAGGCAGCCACAAGUGAAAAGGCUCUGGUUCAGUCACUGUUUCCAGACUGCCCUUAAUGGUGGAGUUGUCAUGGACUUAUAUAGCCUUCCAUGGCAGUCAUACCCUCUGAAUCAUGGGCCCUACCCCCUACCACACACAGGUGGCUUGGGUGAGGAAGUAUGGACCUUCCUCCCCUACUACUGUUUGGGGUUUUCCUCCCUGUCUCUAGGAUCGGCUGUCAGGCUUGAGUGAUGAAAGAGCAGAUUGCAGGACAGGACACCAGACUUUCUUUAUGAAGGCAAUGGAAGCAUGUGCACUUUUCCAUGUAAAUCUGUUUUCUGGUACAUAUCAUGCUCCUGGUACCUUUUAUGUCACGGCCAGGUUUACCCAUGUUCUCUCAUUUCUUGGUGUUCUCCACAGGAUAGAUGCCCUCUCUGUCCUCACCAGGGAGGACUGCAUGCUCCAGGUGUUGGCUGUCAGUAUCCUGGCCACAGGCUCCUGACCUUGUGUGGAAGCCAACCCAGAUCUGACUUAGAGAUUUAGUUCUGCUUGGCACAGGCACCAGGAUAUGUGAGCAGAUCACUUUCUCCAUUUCUUUAUUCCCACUCUGCCAGAGUUCUAGGGAAGAGAUUGCCCUCUAAGUAGGGAAACCAGAAAGUUCUCUCAGAAAGCCUUUCCUGGGCUUUCUCUGCAGAUGAAGCUGUGGGAGGGAGUAGGAGGCCUACAUCAUCUGAUCUUCUUCCUGUUCAUUCAUUUCCAAGUCGAGCACUUUCUAGCCACCUGAAACAACAGAAAGUAAUGUGCAGUGCCAGAGUGGCACAUUGCUGUGCUACUAACCAGAAAGAACCCAGUCGUUGGCUGCCUAAGAGCAGAAAUGUUGUCACUGCACGCCAAACUCAGUACCUGGCAGUGCCCAGAGCACACCCUGACCCCAGCCUGCCCUCCCCAACUACCAUCGGCUCUUGGCAGCAGCACUCUGCAGAAACUGCCCCGAGAGCUACUUCAGUCCUCUCACGACAUCCUGCAUCCAAGGAAUGGGUGACAUUUCAGGGAGUCACCCCAGUUCGUUGGUCCUUUGAAACCAAGGCUCAGUUAACCAUGUCUGCACCCUCAGAGUGACUUCUGUGAGUAACAGCUUUUUUUCAGGUAUUAUAUGUAACGGCCAGGGAGGGAGAAUGCUGAGGAGGAGGGUAGAGCUCUCCACAGAGAAUGUACAUAAUAGGCCUCAGGAUAAAAUUGAGAUACCAAGGGCUAGGGGUGUAGCUCAGCAGCAGAGCAUUUGCCUAGCAUUCUUGAAGGCUUGGGUUCCAUCCCCAGCACCACUCACCGGAAAAGAAUAUAUCGUGUAACACUCAGAAGUGAGUUUUCAGGAUUGGAAGUUUUCUGAAAAAUCCAUAAAACCUGUGACAGUCAUACAGUAGGACACCUCCAAGGAUUGAAAAGCUGACCAGGAACAUCGAUUAUUUGUCCCCAACUGUUUUUCCCUUGUAACCACUCUAUAUUGUUCCCCUUGCCUUUUCCAUCGGCCUUUCUCUCUGACUUUGUCCAUCAGUCCCGGCUUUGAUCCUUGUGGGUGUGGGUGUGAGUGUGAGUGUGGGUUUGGCUGUGUGCAUGUAGCAAAAUCUACCACUAAGCUACACCCACAGCCUCAGAUUCCCAUGUUUCCAUCAGCUUUCAGUAUGUUCUUGGUACUCAGUAAGGCUCUUAUGUAUUCAGCAUUUCAAAUAUGAGAACACUGAGAAGAAAAGAGUGGUGAAAGAAAGAGGUGUGUAUCAGGAAGAGAUUCUGAAUUAGGCAAGUGCAGGAAGGGUGGGAAGGGGGUUGGAACGAAUCCUGGAUGCUAAAGGGAGGGAUUCCUCUGCUGUGGUGUAGCUCUGCUGGGGUUAUACGGCCUGCACUAAUUGAAAGGAAAGGGUGGUGGGCCCAUCUCCAAACAGCGCAGCCAAUUCAGCCAUCUGUCAUCGACCUCAGGGAGCUGGGAAAGCCAGUAGACUCCUGCACCUGGUUCUUGUCACUCUUGGUGUUUACAGAUCUACACUUCUCUUUUUGGUUCACUUAUGAGGAGUUUUCUAGAUGUCUCCAUUAUGACAUUGAGGUGUCAAGCUGCUGUUUUUCCCAGUUGGUGGUCACAGCCAGGGAGGUUGCUUUCUUGAUUUAUUACAUUGUCAGUAAUCCCCAAGGAGCCAACAGAUGUCAGUAGGAGUUACGUUAAAUGUCUCAUUGAUGGGGACUGAAUACUGUGUGCAUUCUGUAAAGACGAUGCAUGUUUCUCACCUGGGGAGAUACAUCAAAAUCACCUGGGGUUUUUUUUUUUUAAAUGCAGGUGCCAGGAGAUUUUGAGUCAGUAAGUCUGCAGAGGAUCCUGGCAUGUAGGUUCAAAAGCUCUGUAGGUGAUUACAGUUGUCUGUCAAUGUCAAAGGAUUGGCUGCAGGACCUCCCAUGGAUACCUAAAUAAGAUGUUCAAGUUCCUGAUAUAAAAUAAAAUAGUAUUUGCAUAUGUUCUUAGUACAUUCUCCUCUACAAGUCAUCUCUAAACAACUUAUACUACCUAAUACAAUGUAAAUGCUACACACAUAGUCAUACUGUAUUUACAGAAUGUUGACAAGAAAAAAUGUCUGUACAUAUUCAAUACUAGCACAAUGACCUGCUUAUGAUGGAACCCAUAGAUACAGAGGCCUGACCCUAUAAUGUUUGCUCUUUGUUAAGAUUUGCUGCAAUAGGGAGAAAUUUGCUUUAUUGAAGGGAUCUUAUAGCCCAUUUUCCUAAAUGUAUGUUUUUCUGGUUCUCGAAGUUUAGCUGUUGCACAGUGGUCUUUGCUAAUAGUUAGCAGCUUUAGUUUUAGACUUGUGUUAAAUGGUUGGAACCAUUGGGCUCUGCUCAUACUGAUUAGGGUUCUUAUUUUGGUGACCACACCCCAAACAGCUUUAUUUAUUAUUAUCACUUCCAAAGAACAUAUAUAAAGAAUUAUACAUUGAUAAAAUAACUGACAAACUCAAUGAUUUGGCUAAAGUUAGAUACUGUGCCCAUCCCUCCCAACACAUUUUUUUCUAGCCUUAAAAAAAAAAAAGCUUUGAAUUCACUUUGCGUUAAAAUAAAAAUUGGUGGGCUACGGGUUUAGCUCAGUGGCACCGCACCUGCCUUGCAAGAGCAAGGUCCUGAGUUCAAUCCCCAAUGACAAAAUAAAAUUUUAAAAUAAAAAUUGGUAACUUAUCAAUAAAAAAUUCGCUGCUGCUUAUUAUGGAGUGACUUCCUGGAUACCUGGCUUCAAAAGUGGUAGGCUGAAAAAAAUAAAAAGUGGUAGGCUGUACAAAGUUCCAUUUGGACCAUACCCACAAUGGACAGGAUGUUUUGAUCUCCAAAUUCAGUUCUGGAAUUAAAGCUAUCACUACUCCUCUCUGGCAAAACAAAGAACCAGUACCCAAGGCUUGCCCAGCACUCAGAUAAGGUGUGUGUUUUCUUACAACUAGAAUGGCUCCUCCAGGCAGAUCAAACAGGAAUGAAAGCGGAGAAGCUGAGAACAGCAAUACAGUGACAGGCAUGCAGGAUAAUACCAGGUUGGAGACGCUGCCUGGUGCAGGGGACGUUUCGUGGGUCCAUCCUGAAUUCCUGCUGGAUAAGGAAGUGUCUUUCCCUGUUUACAAAUGCUAAGGGAAAUGCCAGAAGUGCACAGCUGGAUAUGUAAUUCCUUAGAGAAGUCUCAAAAUAACGCUUGCAUGAAGGUGAAGGCAAGUGUUCCACACUUCUUGUCUAUUCCAAGUCAGAUUCCUAAAAAUAAAAUCAUUAGAACUGACUGCAUUGGGCCAUUUAAGUACUAGCCUUGGAAAUGUAGACUCUUGAAAAGCUGGCAGAUGUAAAGAAUACCAUUGCAUUUUAUAUGUUAAAUACAAAUUUCCACUCCUAGUAUCUAUCAAAAUAGCUUCUUGGACCCUAAAGUUCUAUACCUUUGGGAAAUCUAGAUUUCUUUAAAGGGAUUGCUUUUUGUGUAAAUAUCAUUUUGCCCAUCUGGAACUGAUUCGUUGGUGCAUAUUGGAAUACAAAAUACUGCAGUUAAUUAAAGCAUUACUGGAUAUCA